AAUACGAGUUUGAGCAGAGAAACUGAUAAGGUAGAAAUUGAUGCCGAAAUGAAAAGGAGUGAGGGGAGUUGUAUUUCAAUACUGUAGUGUAGUCAUAUAUCAUAGCGGUGAUCGGUGAGUUUCAAUGGAGGGUGGGAGGGUGUGGAUUCAGAUCCGUUCAGUGUUUGUAUUAGCAUCUCUUUGCUCUCUCAUUGUCACUGUCACUGUCACCUUCGCCGAUAGCGUUACCCGAGAGGAAGCGAAACAACUGAGAGAUGAGGUCGGUGAGAUGUUUUAUCACGCUUUUAAUGGAUACAUGGAACACGCUUUUCCUCUCGAUGAAUUGAAACCUCUAUCAUGCACAGGACAUGAUACGCUUGGUGGUUAUGCCUUAACUUUGAUUGACUCCUUAGACACUUUGGCUUUACUUGGUGACCGCGAACGUUUCGCAGCUUCUGUUGAAUGGAUUGGUAAAAAUCUUCGAUUUGAUGUUAAUAAAACGGUUUCUGUGUUUGAGACUACUAUCAGGAUCCUUGGAGGAUUAAUUUCAGCUCAUCUUAUAGCCUCUGAUUAUGCUACGGGUAUGAGAGUUCCAUUGUAUGAUAAUCAGUUACUAAACUUAGCUGAAGAUCUUGCCAGGAGGUUGUUACCUGCAUUUGAUACUCCUACAGGAAUUCCAUUUGGAUCUGUAAAUUUGUUACAUGGAGUUGAUAAGCAUGAAAGCAAGAUAACUUCAACAGCUGGUGGUGGGACCUUGACUCUUGAAUUUGGAGUUCUAAGCCGUUUAACAAAUGAUCCUAUUUUUGAACAAGUCACCAAGAAUGCAGUGCUUGGACUUUGGGCACGACGUUCAAAGCUUAAUCUUGUUGGUGCUCAUAUUAAUGUUUUUACAGGUGAAUGGACUCAAAAGGAUGCCGGGAUAGGAACUAGUAUUGACUCUUUCUAUGAGUAUCUGUUAAAGGCUUAUUUAUUAUUUGGAGAUGAGGAAUACUUGUAUAUAUUCCAGGAAGCUUAUGCUGCUGCCAUGCAUUAUCUUUACCAUGAUCCUUGGUAUGUAGAAGUAAAUAUGGAUUCUGCUGCUAUUGUCUGGCCAUUAUUUAACAGUUUGCAAGCAUUUUGGCCUGGCCUUCAGGUUUUAGCUGGAGAUAUAAAUCCUGCAAUUAGUACCCAUGCUGCCUUCUUGAGUGUCUGGAGAAGAUAUGGCUUUACCCCCGAAGGCUUUAAUCUUGCUACUCUCAGUGUUCAGCAUGGGCAAAAGAGUUACCCAUUGCGGCCCGAGUUAAUAGAGAGCACCUAUUGGCUAUACAAAGCUACCAGAGAUCCUAGAUAUCUUGAUGCUGGGAGGGACAUGGUUGCUAGUUUACAGUAUGGGACUCGAUGCCCUUGUGGAUAUUGUCACAUUUCAGAUGUUGAGCAUCACAAACAGGAGGACCACAUGGAGAGCUUCUUUUUAGCUGAGACAGUCAAGUAUCUAUGGCUUCUAUUUGACUUGGCCGUUGGUCCUGAUAACCUUGUGGAAAAUGGGCCGUACAAGUACAUAUUCAGCACUGAAGGCCAUUUACUGCCUACGACUCCUCAGAUCUCCCUAGUGAGGGAGCAUUGUUUAUACCUUGGGGCUUAUUGCAGGAGUGGUGAUUCGAGACAAACUUAUUUUGUAUCGGAGGCUGACAAGUAUAAGCAAGAAUCCAACAAUAGUAGAUUUUAUGGGAGCUGGACUAAAGCUACAUAUACAUCGGACUACAGUACUUUUGAGCCAAGUGCCGAUUCUGGUUUGAUCAAGGGUUUCUGCCCAGGACUAAAUCAUGGACAGAAGUUUGGCAUAUUAUACGUGCAUCCAACUGAUGAACAUCAUGAUUAUGAAACCAUCCAACAGAAAUAAUCUAUUACUGUACAAAGUCAUUCAGUAUUGGUUCUUCCUGACCAGAGUUAUAACCAUUUGCUACCUGACUAUAGCAAUGAUCAUAAUGAUAAUCAGACCCUUGAAUCAAACGUUACUUCUUGAAGUGAGGGAGAUUUCUGGUGCUAGCAGAAACCAAGGUGCUGAUUCCAACAAUGUAGGAACUCCAAGAUCUUAGCUAUGCAAGAGGAUUGCUGGGAAGUAUAUAUUUUUCAAGGGUUGUACUUCUCAAACUUCUUCAGGCUCUCCACCUGAAAUAUAAAUCUGAGUUUUGUUAGUUUGUUAGUAAUUGGGAAAGCAUAAAUUUGAUAAUUUCGGCAACUGUUGAUACAAUGAGCAUGGAGCUGAACGAGUUGACUUAUGCAUGAACUGACCCGUUGGAUACGUUUCAUAGGUUGUGCUACCAAAAGGUCUUAAGACAGUAUCCUGCCACCUAAAAGAGGGUAAUGUAAUUCUUUUUGUUGUAUCAUUGUUUCCUAUGAUUCAUGUAACCUAUUGCCAUAGUGAUCUAAUCAGUGUACAUAAUUAUCCAUUUUGGAUGAACAAUUUCAAUUGCAGAUA